AUGGACAGUUCUAAAGAUCCAGCGUGCCUCCAGCUGCUUCACAGUGACUCCAGCCUCCGCGGAUCCCUCAACUGCCUGCAGGAUGGGAGGAGCCUGGGUACUGGGCACCCGGCCAUGAGGGACCACUGCUCCUCUCAGCAAAAGCCCAGCCCUGCCCUGCCCAGGGAGACCCCUGACCAAAGCCCAGCCAUGGACUUGAGACACAGCGGCCCCAGUGGGGCUGAGGAAGGGGCCUCCUGCACUGAGGGUCCUUCUGGGAGCCUGUCCUGUCCUUCGUCUACCUGCACCCCUCCCUCAGCACCAUCCACCAAGGAGACCUUGGGAGCACAGGGAGCCUUGCUCUCAGGGACCAUAGAGAUCACUUUGUCUGGGAAGCCAGAACCCAAGUCCCCAGGAAGCCUUGCCCCCACAUCCUCAGAGAACAGAAACCCCACGCUCUUGGAGAAGACCGAUUCUAAGUCCUCCCUGCAGGCAGGGCCUGCCUCGGCGGGGAAGGAAGAGGCUGGGUCCUCCAAGGCAGAGCCCCUGUUGACCGAAAAGAGGGGGCCUGCAGUCUCCAAUCCAGGGGAUGUGGGGGCUCCUGGAAGGAUGGGUCCCCCAAAUCCCGGGAAGGAGGACCCUGAAUCGGUGAGAAAGGCAGAUCCCACUUGCACCAGCAAGGUAGCCCUGGUGUCUCCAGGCCAGGAGGACCCUGGGUCUUUGCAAAAGGUGGGGCCUGUGUUCCCAAGCAAGGAGGAGCCUAAGCCCCCCAAAUCUUCAGAGAAGGUGGUCCCCGCUCCAACUGCAAAGGAGGAUUUCGUGUUUUCAGGAAAACAAGAUCCCGGUCCCCCUGGAAAGGCGAAUCCUGCAUCCUUGGAAAGUACCAAGCACACAUCCACAGGAAAGACAGAAGAUUCUGAACUCUCGGAGAAGCUGGAGCCCAUAUCUUCUGGAAUAGGGGAUCCUGGGGCCCCCAGAGGGGUGGACACCGCACACUUGGGAGCAGUGGGGCCUACAUCUCUGGGAAAUGCAGAAAAAGAGGACGGUGAGUCCCUGGGGAAGGCGGGCACUGCCUCAUCAGGAGGAGGUCCAGGGCCCGUGAGAAUGACAGAAGGAAUGGCUGCCGUGCAGGUGGACCCCGGACCUGGAAAGAUGGACCCCACCUCUGUGAAAAGCAGGGGUUCUGGGCCUUCCAGUGAGCCCGGUGCUGUUUCCUUGGGCAAAGUGGGACUCGUGUGCCCAGGAAAGCCAGAGCCCUCAUCUCCUGGGCAGGCAGAAGAAAGGGGGUCUGUAGGAAAGACAGGGACAUCUGAACCCUUGGGGAAAGCGGACCCCGAGUUUUCUAGGAGCGCGGAGUCCACGGCAGCUCUGGGAAAUGUGAGCACAUCAUCUUCCGGAAAGGCCAACCGUGAAUCCUUAGGAAGGGACGAUCUCGUGUCCUCGAGUCCAGGGGAUCCCGACCCCCCCGGGACAAGGGGUCCCCCAUAUGCUGUAGAAAACGCUCCAGGGACUGGAGGGAAAGCGGAGUCGCAGCCCGAGGCAGGGCCCCUGGCCUCGGGCAAGGUGGACGCAGCCCAUUCUGGAGACCUUAUGGCCACAGGAAAACCAGCAGUGACGCCCAAGGAAAAGAUGGAUCCUGGCAUGGCCCUCGAGACCAAGGGGAACCCCGUGAGCUCCGCGGAGGCGGAGACCGAGGCUUCCAGGGGGACAAAGCCCAAGCCUGGGCACCAACCACAGGCCGUCCAGGACCCCGGGCAGGAGGGCACCGCACCCUCCGGGGCAGCAGAGACCCAGGCUCCGCCCAGCGAGCAGUCGCAGGCCUCUGGGAAGGCGGACCCCACCUCUUCCUCCGGGAACGCACAGCCCUCCGCGUCGUGGAUCGCGGAGCCCCGGGCUCUGGGGAAGGCCGGUUUUGCCUCCGAGACCCCGGCCUUGGCCACGGCAGCCCCCCUGACUCCAGAGAAGCCCUCGCCCUGCCCGUCCCCGCGAUCCGCUGCGCAGGCCUGCAGCCCCACCCUGGCUCCCACCGGGACGGCCCAGGGCAGCGGGGUCCCCGCCGCCCCGGAGCCUGUGCGCAGCCCCCAAGCCGCUUCCAGCCGGGGGUCCACAGACUUGGUGGGGAGCGGCCCCCGCCCCGAGGCCGCCGCGCCCCCGUCGGGGCCACGGACCCGCGACAACUUCACCAAGGCGCCCUCGUGGGACGCGGGCGGCCCCCCGGCGCCGCUGCCACCAGCGCGCGAGGACGCGGGCACCCAGGCGGGCGCACGGGCCUGCGUCUCGGUGGCCGUGAGCCCCAUGUCCCCGCAGGACGGCGCGGGGGCCCCGGCCUUCAGCUUCCAGGGAACCCCGCGUGCGCCCAGCCCCGCGCCCGGGCCGCCCUCACGCCGGGAUGCGGGGUUGCAGGUGUCCCUGGGUACCGCGGAGACGCGAUCGGUGGCUACCGGGCCUAUGACCCCGCAGGCCGCCGCGCCCCCCUCUGCGCCCCCGGUCUUCCCCGAGGUGCGAGUGCGGCCGGGCUCGGCGCUGGCGGCCGCCCUGGCGCCCCAGGAGGCGGCGGAACCCGUGCGCGACGUGAAGUGGGACGAGAAGGGCAUGACGUGGGAGGUAUACGGCGCCUCCAUGGAGGUGGAGGUGCUGGGCAUGGCCAUCCAGAAGCAUCUGGAGCGGCAGAUCGAGGAGCACGGCCGUCAGGGGGGCCCCGCGCCGCCCGUCGCCGCCACCGCCACCACCACCGCCACCACCACUGCUGCCCGUGCGGGUCCGGGCCGCGCCGGGUCGGUGCGCACCGCGCCGCCCGAGGCCGAAGCCAAGCGCCCGCCGGGCCUCUUCCGAGCCCUGCUGCAGAGCGUGCGCAGGCCCCGGUGCUGCUCGCGGGCCGGGCCCACAGCGGAGUGA